UGUCAUGUAAUUUGGCGCCAUAUCAUCGGAUGCUUGGUUUGCAUGUAAAAUUCAUCGAAUUUGUUGAGAAGACUGACUUUUAGUUUAUUUUACUAAAUUAUUCUAUAAACGUUUUUUUUUAAUUAUGACUACAGUGCGCCGUUCAACUCGUCUUAGCAGCAUUGGCCAAUCUACGUGUUCACCUCCAGUUAUUAGUUCUCAAACACCUCGCAGUUCACAGCUGUGGCGUCGCCGCCAAGCGAAGAAUUGCGUUACAAGCAGUGACGAGGAGGAAGUGAAUACGAGUAGAAAAUCACCUACGUUUGCAGAAAUAGAUAAAGAAAAUUCGGAAAUUCUCAACGUUAUGAGCAAAGAAAAAAAUAGAAAUCAAACGAAGUGCAAUCAGUUGACGACAAAUGUCCAGGAACAGAAGACACCACGUCGUGCUAAGGUAGUACAAUCGGCAUCGUCCAGCACUAAAUCUGGAUUAGCCAAAAAACGCACUAGCCUCUCACAUAAAUUAUGCAAUGACGAAAGUGAUGAUGAUUGCGAAUUAUGGCAAAGAGAACAAGAUGUAUCGCCACCUAAGCAGGCACGUUGGAAACCAAAGACUCAGGUGAUAAGCCCUUCAAGAUUAAUUGAUCGUUUGAGUAUAGAUGAACGUAAUGCUGCUGACACUGAUGAAGAUGAGGAGUACACAUCCGCUGGUGCAGAGGAAGCAAAAGUCGAAACACGUGUUACACCCACUCGCAACAAAUACCAAAGUGCACGUCGUGUUUUGAACAGCGCAGAAACACAAAAUUUACCUGGGCGAGAACAACAAUUGCAAGAGCUAAGAGAAUUCUUUCAGGAACAUUUACAAGAACAACGAUCUGGUAGUUUAUAUGUGUCUGGACAACCUGGUACUGGAAAAACAGCUUGCCUUUCUUUGCUUUUAAGGUCACCUGAGCUAUCCAAAAAACUGCAAUGUGUUUACAUCAAUUGCACGUCCAUUGCCAGCAUUAAUGGAGUGUAUAAGAAGCUGUGUACUGAAAUAAAACUUCAUCCUUCCGGACGCAGUGAGCGGGAUUAUUUGGCAGCUGUACAGAAUCAUUUGCGAACAUCGCGUCGCAUGCUGCUCAUUGUAUUGGACGAAAUCGAUCAGCUUUGCAGCUCCAAACAAUCGGUGCUUUAUACUAUUUUCGAGUGGCCUUCGCUACCAGGAGCUCGACUGCUUUUGGUGGGCAUAGCCAAUAGUCUCGAUCUAACAGAGCGUACACUAAUGCGUUUAAAUGCACGUUGUGAAUUAAAGCCACGUCAUAUGCAUUUCCCUCCUUACAACAAACAGCAAAUAGUUGAGAUAUUUCGGGCAAGGCUAGAAGAAGCUGGCGUGCUGGAUAUCUUUCCGCCCGUCACACUCCAGCUUUUAGCAGCCAAAGUCAGUGCAGUGAGUGGUGACGUUCGGCGCGCACUGGAUAUUGGCAGAAGAGUGGCUGAAAUAGCAGAACAACAGAUGAAAUUAGGUCAGCGACAGGUUAAUCUUAAUAGCUUGGCUUUGGGUAAUAAUAGCGACGAAAAGACUGAAGAGGUUAUCCUUAAACCAGUACAAGUAACACAAGUAGCUGAGGUGUUAAACAAAGUGUAUGGUACUUCACAGAACCUUCAAGAGGACAUAGAAGACUCGUUUCCACUGCAGCAGAAGAUUGCGUUAUGUACGCUCAUGUUGAUGCUGCGUAAAGAACGCAAUAAAGACAUAACCAUUGGACGGCUGCACGAAGUGUAUCGACGCGUGUGUCUUAAGCGCAAUAUACACGUUUUGGAUCAAGCUGAGUUUGCCGGACUAGUUGAGUUGGUUGAGACACGCGGCAUACUACGAAUCAUGCGCAAAAAAGAACCACGAUUGUGCAAAGUGGUGCUGCAAUGGGACGAAGAGGAGGUGAAUGGAGCUUUAAAGGACAAACAGCUAAUUGCUUCUAUUUUAGACGACACUUCCUGCCUUGGAAAAUGUUAACACGAAACAAGAAAAUCCAUCAGAUAGUGCAUUAGUAAAACCGAAUACAUACAUAAGUAGAUAGAAAAUUAAUAUUAAUUUAUUGAAAUAAGAUUAAAAUCAAAUAAGCUCACAACCAUACAAAUGAAUUGAAGCCGUGUGUAUUUAUCAACAAAAGUGACGAACCUUUAAUAAAAUGACCAAAUAUCUUACAAAUAAAGUA